AUGACAUCUAUUAAUGGUGAACGCGAGACAACCGAAUCGAACAUUGCCGAUGUUCUUAUUGUUGGUGCUGGAAUAGAAUUGCUCCACGAACUUGGACUCGAACAUGUAAUGGAUGAAAUCGGUGAAACAGCUGCUCGACUCAAUCAAAAAUUAAUUCGACUGUACUCAAAAUCUUAUAUCAUGAUGACGGAUGUCCUCUCUGGAGAGGACUUCAUAAUUAUCGUGGAAUUAAACCAACCGAUGAACUUUACUUGGAUGGACGAACAAUGA